UGUCCGUUAUUGCGUUCAAACACGAGAGAAGAUCCCUCGCUCACAAAGAUAUCGGCACCAGACACAACAAGACCACCGCCCUGGUUAUCUGAGAAGUAGUUCCUGCCAGAAAAGUUGGCCGAGAUGCUGUUGAGGCACAGGGCACCAAUUCCAAACUGGUAACCGCGCAGGUUUGGGAUAUGAGAGCUGGAGUGACUAUAAGCCGUAUUGUUUGAAAAUACGCAGUCGGUAAUAGUGGGAGUGAGCAGUUCGCCUCUACUGGCGUCUGGCCUCAAGACAUUGAUGUCCAUUGCAGCAGACGACACCGCCUUGUUCUGCUCAAACGAGCAAUUAUUGAAGGAGACUGAGUUGGUUUGGGGAGAGCCGGGGAGGGAGCGAGAAGAGAGAACCGAGACUCCGCCUCCCCAGCAGGCUCCGUUUGAAUUGAUGUAGGUCCCACUAAACUCGACCACGUUGCCACUGACGUUGGCAUAGUAACCAGGCCAGAGGAAGGGGUCCGGUGGGUAAUAGUAAAAGAGAACCAUUACCCCACCCCCCACGGACUGCGUCAGACAUGGAUUCACUCCGGCAAAAGGACCAUUUAGACCAAUAACCGAGAGGCUCUCUCCAUCACUGGUGUGCCUGAAAACGUUUCCCCUGCUCUCGUCUCCGAAAUCAACAUACAGCCCUCCGCCAAACUCGGCCCAGUUGUAACUAAUCUCGCAGUUCCUCAGUGUGACUGAGUUGUUAAUUGAACGACCCCUGAAAUAAACGGCCAAUCCUCCACCAUUCCCAAACCCCAUGUGCUCAGUUCCGUGGGGAUACACAGAGAACACGUCCAGCCCCUGUGAUGAAGCAUUGUUGCCCGUAAACGAACAGUCGGAGAAAUCAAACGAAGCGUUGGAAACUUCCACGGGGUCGCUGUUAUUGCAGCUGAGGUAUCCCGGACGACAGAAGCUAAACUCCAAAAUGACUCCCCCGCCUCCAUACCCACUGCUCCCACUAUCGGACGGUGGGUGGAGGUUACUACUGAACACGGCAUUGCUGAAUGUGUUGGUCCCAUAGUUGUUGAACAUUGCCAGGCCGACGGCAUUGGAGCUGGUGACUGUAGUGCUCUCCACGUUAAUGUCGCUGCAGCUCUCGAUGUAGAGGGCAGAAGAGAACUCGACAAAGGACAAGUUCCCCGGUUCCCUGUCUCUUGUAGUGGUACUGUUUUGCAGAGAUGAGCAGUUGGAGAAGGUGAGGUUGGCGAGGGUCAAGUUGUUCACUUCUCUAAACACAAACCCAGCCUCCCCUCCUCCGUGGAUCACCGUGCUACCCUGCUCUUCCCCCACUAUGCUGAUGUGACUCACAUUGUAAAACGUAGCCAAAGCAGUUGCAUUGGGUCCCGUAAAGUAGUAUUCACCAUUAGCAAUGGCUAGACGGAAGUAGCCCCCACUCCCAUUGACUAUAUACUCCUGGAUCUCCUCCAAGGUGGAAAUUAGAUCUGAAUUAUUGCCGCCUACGGAGAAGGUCUUUAUUUCAUUAUCUGAUGCGAGGGAGCCACGAGAAGAGAGAGCGAGGAGGAGACUUGUCAGCCAUACCAGUAGCUCUGCUGGCUUCCUCAACAAGUGCAUGUUGAUCUGGAGCAAAAGGAUGAAGGGAGCGAAAAGAUACUAGUCGUACUUUCUGAGCUGCUGAUAAACUUGUGUCGAGAUCAUGCUGGGAGGAGCGUGCGUGGAGACGGAGGACGGCUCGGAGGGCUCGGAGAAGAGAGCGGGGGAGGAGGAGGUGGAGACGUGCUCCGUGAGAAAGGGAGGAGGGGGGAAGACGCCGCGGUCCAACGGCCGGAAGUCCUCCGGUGGCUCCAGGCAACCCUCCAUUGCUGACAUGUUCUCCAGAGGGUCUCAGAAGAAGAGAAAGAGUGAAGAGAGCACAGCUGGCAAUGGUAGUCCAAAAGAGACUGAGGAUGCAGAGCCAGCGUUGAAAAAGAUGAAGAGAGAGGAGACUAGCAGCAAUGGGGGCGAGGUGGAGAGCAGUGGAAGUGGGGAGGGGGAGGGAGGGGUGAAGGUGGGGGACACAGUGACAGGUGCCAAUGGUAAAGAGGCUGGUGAGGGUGAAGGAGAAGCCAGAACUGAGACCAACGGAACGAGGAAGCCAGCAGAGCCUCCGAGACGAUGUUUGGACUGUCGACAAUUUCUGGACGACUCCUCCCUCAAGAUAUUCCUCGGAGACCCUGAAAAUGCUAUGGAGGAGUUCAUCACACUGGCAGACCCCAAACUGUGCAUGCUGUCUGAAGGAAUGGAGAUGGAGGUCACUGAGCUCCCUCAGCACAAGAUUACCGAUUUCACGGUGUAUGACAAGCACAUGCACCUGUGUCCAUUUGACACCAACCUGAUUGAGAGGAACGUGGAGCUCUACUUCAGUGGCUCGGUCAAACCAAUAUACGACGAGAACCCCGACCCCUCAGAUGGUCUGCCAACCAGACAGCUGGGUCCCAUCAACGUCUGGUGGAUUGCUGGGUUUGAUGGUGGAGAAAAGGCUCUCGUCGGCUUCACUACAGGUAGGGGCAAACGCCAUCACCCCCUCCCCUUCCUCCUCCUCCGCUCUCUCUUCUUCCCCUCUUUCUAUCUCUCUGCCUUUUUCUCUUCUUUCCCCCUCUGUUUUUUAUCUGCUGUGUUGUACGUCCACAGCUUAUGCAGAGUAUUUCCUAAUGGAGCCUUCCCAGAUGUAUGCUCCCAUUAUGGCCACUGUUCACGAGAAAAUAUACCUCAGCAAGGUGGUGAUAGAAUUCUGCGAGGAGAAUCCCGACGGGACGUAUGAAGAUCUACUCAAUAAAAUCGAGACCACUGUGCCUCCUCAGUCCAUUGGAUGUACAAAGUUCACUGAAGACACUCUCCUGCGGCAUGCCCAGUUCAUUGUGGAGCAGGUGGAGAGUUACGAUGAAUUUGGAGAUGACGAUGAGGAGCCGACCCUCGUUACCCCCUGCAUGCGAGCCCUCAUCAAACUGGCCGGAGUCACCCUCGGGAAGAGGAGAGCUGCCCGAAUGGCCGCCCGCGAGAAGAAGAAAGCUCAGAAACACACCAUGGCCACCACCACUCCAUUGGUUCGAAGUGUGUUCGAGCAGUUCUUCAAGGACCAGAUUGCUGACAAGGCGGCGUCUGCGCCCAAGAGGAGACGGUGUGGGGUGUGCGAGGUGUGUCAGCUGGGCGACUGCGGGAAAUGCAGCGCCUGCCGCGACAUGGUCAAGUUUGGUGGGAGUGGUCGGUCGAAGCAGGCCUGCGUCCACCGCCGGUGUCCGAACAUGGCUCUCACGCAGGCCGAGGAGAGCGAGGAGGAGACGGCUGAGGUGGAGGCUCAGAUUCUGAAGGAGACGAGGAAACGAACAAAGUCAGAGAAGAAGAUGAAAUCCAAGGUGGAGUGGGUAGGUGAACCCAAGGAACAGGUGGGCAAGAAGACAUUUUACUCUGAGGUUCUCAUCAGUGGCAACAAGGUGGGGGUGGGAGAUUUCGUGUCGGUUUGUCCCGAGAACGACUCCGAGGCGGUGUACAUCGCCCGGGUGGUGUCCCUGUGGGAGGACUCUUUCUCCACGCAGCACCGGAAGCAGUUUCACGCCCGCUGGUUCUCCCGCUCUUGCGACACCGUCCUCGGAGAGGUUGGAGAUCCGAUGGAGCUGUUUCUGGUGGAUGAAUGCGAGGACAUACCUCUGGGGGCGGUCCUGGGACUGGUAAAGGUGGAGCACCGCCAACACCCUCCCGACUGGGUGGAGCUGGGCGGAGUCGAGCCAGAGGGCGGGGCCGAGGAGGACGAGGAAGGCUCUCAUUUCUUCUACCAGAUGUGGUAUGAUCCCAAGUUGGCACGGUUCCAGGACCCGCCCCCCGACGACGACCGUACAGACGACGAUGGCCACGCCCCCUUCGUCUGCCAGAGCUGUGUGCGAAACUCUCGAAGGGAGAGUGAGAAAGUUGGCACUCCUGGGAGCAGGAUGACAGGGGAGGAGUCUGACACGGUCAGGACUUACUACAGUUCAUUCUCCUACAAGGGGGCGAUGUAUGCAGUCGGAGACGGUGUCUACCUUCCACUUGACAAACACCGCUUCGCCGUGAAAUCCCGCACCACUCCGAAAACCAAGACCAAUCCGAGUAUCUACGAAGACGAGGAGAGGUAUUCAGAGCUGUAUCGUAAAUCCGACUACGUGAAGGGUAGCAACUCGGACGCUCCGAAGCCUUUCCAAAUUGGUCGUAUCAAAGCCAUUUACCAGAGGAGUGGGAGCAAACUGACCCGGAACUCUCAACUCUAUUUGAAGCUCGCCAUGUUCUACCGGCCAGAGGACACCCACAGAGGGGCUGCAGCUGGGAGAGAGUCCGACCUCUGCCUCCUCUACUGGGGAGAUGAAGAGGAGGAGGUGGAGGGGGAGGUGGUGUGUGGGAGGUGUGAGGUGGUGUGUGCGGAGAUGAUGGAGCCUCAAGAGAGAGACGCCUGGUUCAACCAGGCCUCGGACCGAUUCUACUUCCUCGAGGCCUACAACAGCUCCACUCAGGAGUUUGAAGAUCUUCCCUAUGAGGCCAGAGCCAGUGGAGGGAAAGGCAAGGGAAAAGGUAAGGGAAAAGGGAAGGGGAAGGUUCGAGCUGCCGGGGAAGAGAAGAUGGCGUCCUUUGACUCCCAGCAGUUCACUCCUCUGAGAUGCCUGGACGUCUUUGCUGGCUGCGGAGGUCUGACGGAGGGGUUCCACCAGAGUGGAGUGGCGGAGGCCCGCUGGGCGGUGGAGAAGGACGAAGCAGCUGCCAACGCCUUCAAACUCAACUACCCCGACUCCAUCGUCCUCACGGACGACUGCAACCUCAUUCUGCGCUACGUCAUGGACGGUAAAGACACCAAUGACUCGGGCCAACCUCUGCCGAGGAGGGGGGAGGUGGAGCUGCUCUGUGGAGGUCCUCCGUGCCAGGGCUUCAGUGGAAUGAACCGCUUCAACUCUAGAGAAUACUCCCAGUUCAAGAACUCCCUGGUGGCGUCUUACCUGAGCUACUGUGACUACUACCGACCGAGGUUCUUCCUGCUAGAGAACGUGCGGAACUUCGUGUCGUUCAAGAGAAGUAUGGUUCUCAAGUUGGCCUUGCGCUGCCUCGUCAAGAUGGGCUACCAGUGUACAUUUGGAGUACUCCAGGCCGGUCAGUACGGGGUACCCCAGACCAGACGAAGGGCUAUACUCCUGGCAGCUGCUCCAGGAGAGGUCCUACCACUCUAUCCAGAGCCCACCCACUGCUUCAGUCCGAGAGGUGUCCAACUCACCGUCAUCCUGGACGAGAAGAAGUUCAACUGCAACAUCACGAGGAUGUCGUCGGCUCCCCUGAGGACCAUCACAGUCAGAGACGCCAUGUCCGACCUCCCCGACAUCAAGAACGGAGCCUCCGCCCUCAAGAUCGGCUACUCCGGCGAACCGCAGUCCCACUUCCAGAGAUUGGUGAGGGGGAGGCAGCUGCAGCCGAUACUCACAGACCACAUCUGCAAAGAGAUGAACCCUCUGGUGGCUGCGAGAAUGAGGCACAUCCCCGUCCUGCCCGGUGCCGACUGGCGCUACCUUCCCAACAUCGAGGUCCGACUCUCAGACGGAGCAUGGGCCAAGAAACUGAAGUACACCCAUCACGACAAGAGGAACGGACGUGAUCCGAAUGGUUCCCUGCGUGGCGUGUGCUCGUGUGCGGAGAGCAAGUCGUGCGACCCGGCUGACAAGCAGUUUGGCACCCUCAUCCCCUGGUGUCUUCCCCACACCGGCAACAGACACAAUCACUGGGCAGGGCUCUAUGGCCGAUUGGAGUGGGACGGAUUCUUUAGCACCACCGUCACCAACCCCGAGCCAAUGGGGAAACAGGGGCGUGUCCUCCACCCAGAGCAGCACCGGGUGGUGAGUGUCAGGGAGUGCGCCAGAUCUCAGGGCUUCCCCGACACCUUCCGUUUCUUUGGCAACGUCCUCGACAAACACCGACAGGUGGGAAAUGCAGUCCCUCCGCCCAUGGCAAAGGCCAUCGGUCUACAGAUCAAGAAAUCUAUCGUGGAGAAGAAGAAAGGGCCGGAUUCUAGCAACAACACUUCCUCAAACACCCACUAAACUCAACCCAAUUAUUAUAUUUCACUUCACCUACGCUGCACAUUAGCACUAUUUCUGAACUCCAUUAUAAUUAUAUAUACUUGUAAAGGUAUUUUGUAUAGAGAAUUAUUAUUAUUAAUUUUUGUUGCCUCAAAGACACUCAAGCAAAACAAUGUACUCUAGACUAUAACUAAUAUUCUCCGUGGAGGUCAGAGGUUGGAAGUCUCGUUGUCUGGGUGGGUGUGGUCUCAUCGUCUCUCUCCUGCGGCUGAGGCUGACAGUGAGAAGUGAGGCUGAGUUUUGAGAAGUCCACCUGCCACCUGCCGUGUCUGUGGCUGAUGGUCGACACAAAUUGACGGUCCAACAGAAUUUCAUCACCCGUGUAAGACCACAGGGCCUGUGAAGUUAGACCUGUGACCUCCACGAUGCCCUCUAGUAUCACGACCAGCUCCAGUGUGGAGGAGGCAAGGUCCUCACAAGUGAGGCCGUAGAGAGGACUCUGCUCAGUGAUGUAGUGGAAGACUGAGACUGGAGUGAGGAGGAAGAUGCGGUCCCUCCCCUCGUCGUACCCCACAUCCAGGUCGUACUGCCGCAGCUCCCCUCCUCCUCCUCCCGCGGACUCUCGGUACCAGUAGAGCUGGAGACGGACGUGCGCCUCGACGACCUGUGACCUCCUCACGUCCGCUAUCUUGAACUCCAGAACUCGCACCCUCGCACCCUCCCCGUCUCGGAUCACCGCGUAAUCGCUAAACAGAAGUGUCCUCCUGCGAUUUCGUGGUCGACUCAGCUUCGUGAAGAUCAGCCCCAGUAGAAACGAGUCAAUGAGCAGACCACAUACACAUUGUACUAUAAUGAUAAAAAUAGCUGUUCGACACUCGUUGGUGAUGUAUUUAAAGCCGUAGCCUAUUGUCAUUUGGGUUUCGAUGGAAAACAGAAAAGCAGACGGGAAAUCGAUGACGUCAGUCACACACGUAACGUUCCCGCCUCCCCCAGAGUC